AUGCGCGCCUCCGUCCUCGUCGCCGCCCUCGCCUCCGCCGGGUUCGCGAGCGCACACUCCGCCUCGGCUCAGCACCGCCGCAGCCACGCCAAGCGCGCUGCCGGCUACACGCUCACGGGCCACCACGCCGGUCAAGACUUCCUCGACCUGUUCAACUACGACACGCACUCGAGCAACGACGGCCUCGCCCUGUACGCCACGACCAAGACAGCGUCGAGCAACGACCUCGUCGAGGUCAAGGACGGCAAGGUCCACCUGCGCGUCCACCCGAAAGCCGAGGACGGCAAGCUCCAGUCGAUCAAGCUCAGCUCCAAGCAGCAGUACGGCGAGGGCCUCUACAUCUGGGACAUCGAGCGCAUGCCGCAAGUUUGCGGCGCGUGGCCCGCCAUCUGGUCGACCGGCGACAACUGGCCUGCAGGCGGCGAGAUGGACCUCGUGGAGUACGUGUCACACCACACUAUGAACUCGAUGUCGGUCCACACGGCGCCCGGCUGCUGGGCCGGAUCGACCGGGUACACGGGCACGCCUAUGCUCGCUGGCUCGAACGGGCUCAACUGCGACGCCGAGGCCACCAGCUCGCAGGGCUGCGGCUUCCGCACCAAGUCGAACAACACGGCCGGUAUCGGCGCCAACUACGGCGGCGCCGGCGUCUACGCCCUCGACUGGUCGUCCUCGGGCAUCUCGAUGUGGUUUUUCCCGCGUCACGAGAUCCCGGGCGACAUCCUCAGCAAGAACCCGAACCCGUCGAGCUGGAAGACGCCGACGCUGCACAUCGCCGAGGCCAACUGUUCGCCCAUCUCGGACUACUUCAGCCCGCAGCAGUUCGUCAUCAACACCGACCUGUGCGGCACCUGGGCGUCGGGUACCUGGAACGCCGACAACUCGUACGCCGGUCAGUCCGAGGGCUCGUGCGCCUCGAGGACUGGCUACUCGACUUGUGCCGAGUACGUCCAGAACGAGGCCAAGGACUUUAUGCACGCGUACUGGCGCAUCGCGUCGCUCAGCAUUUACAACAAGUAG